GUGCCUUGUGUGUGUACUGCAGGACUCUAUGGUGGUUAGACUUUCCACAGCAUGUAAGGGAUUGCAGUCCUGUGUCAUCAGAACGGAACUUCUCCUUCCAUGAUCCUGGCAGCUCUGUGAAGAAAGCGGCCGGGUGCUUUGCAGUUGAGAAUUCAACAAUGGAUGUAGAAGAUGCACUUGAUUUAUUUCCUGGUGAUGACCGUUAUAAUGGAGAAUAUAACAGCAGUGUUUUAAGUGAAACCAGUUCAGGUCUUGGAGAUUCCAGCUUUGGAGAAGCUGAAGAGGAGCUGGAAACUUCUAACUUCCAGCCUCUGUCUGUUCCUGCCGUCUCUGAUGAAAAUGGUGCUGAGCCAGCAAUCUGUGAAAUGUGUGGAAUAGUUGGCACACGUGAGGCCUUCUUCUCCAAGACCAAAAGAUUCUGCAGUGUCUCCUGUUCGCGGAGCUAUUCAUCUAAUUCUAAGAAAUCCAGUGUUCUUGCCCGGUUACAGGGUAAACCACCUACAAAGAAGGCAAAGGUUCUGCACAAAGCUUCUUGGUCUGCUAAAAUCGGUGCAUUCCUCCAUUCUCAGGGCACAGGACAACCAGCAGAUGGAAUACCCUCUGGACAGGAUGCCAUGGCUUUAGGCUUUGACUGGGGAAAGUUCAUUACAGAAGGCGAUUACCAAGCUGCUCCUGUCAGCUGCUUCAGACAUGUUCCCCUCUUUGAUCAGUGGGAUGACAUUUCAGAGGGUAUCAAGGUGGAAAGCUUAAAUACAGAUGCUGUGCUUCCCAGUCGUGUUUAUUGGAUUUCAUCUAUUGUAAGAAUAGCAGGUUAUAAGGCUUUGCUGCAAUAUGAAGGUUUUGAAGAUGAUUCCUCGCAUAACUACUGGUGCAAUCUAGGAACUAUGGACAUUCAUCCCAUAGGAUGGUGUGCUAUCAAUAGGAAAAUCUUGGUGCCUCCCCAGAUUAUCCAGGCACAAUAUGAUAAUUGGAAAGAAUUCCUGAUGAAACAGCUGGUUGGGUCUAGGACUAUUCCAGCAGAGUUCCAUGUUAAGAUGGCUGAGAAUAUGAAGUGUCCUUUCAGGCAAGGUAUGCGACUGGAGGCCGUCGAUAAACUACAUAUAUCUCAAAUGCGGAUUGCAGUGGUUGAUACCGUGAUUGGAGGAAGACUGAGACUUCUUUAUGAGGGUGGAAACAGUAAUGUCAGCAUGUGGUGUCAUAUGAAUAGCCCUCUGAUUCAUCCUAUUGGUUGGUCACAUAGGGUUGGCCACAAAAUCAAGUUCUUAGAAGAGAAGCGGAAUGAAUUAUUCUCUCAUCCGACUGUGCGCAAAGUAUACUGUGAUGCUGUUGCACCUCUUUUUAAACCGGGGAGAAUUGUUUAUCCAAAAGAUAUCUGGUUUGAGGAAGGAAUGAAACUUGAAGCCAUUGACCCUCUUAAUGUUGGUAACAUAUGUGUAGCUACUGUAUGCAAGGUUCUGCUGGAAGGCUAUUUGAUGGUGUACAUGGACAGUAAUCCAUCUGCUGAUGAUUCUGAAUGGUUUUGCUAUCAUGCAACAUCAAGCUCUAUUUUUCCUGUAGGAUUCUGUGAAAAGAACAACAUUGAACUCACACUACCGAAGGGGUAUACCGUAGAAGAUUUUUCUUGGGAAAGCUAUCUGGAGAAAACAAAUUCCAAGGCAGCUCCAGCACUGUUAUUCAACACUGACACCCCUAACCAUGGCUUUAAACCAGGCAUGAAGCUAGAAGCUGUGGAUCUGAUGGAACCCCACUUGGUUUGUGUGGCUACUGUGGUGCGAGUAGUGCAAAGACUCCUUCGCAUUCAUUUUGAUGGAUGGGAUGAUGAUUAUGACCAAUGGGCAGACUGUGAAUCUCCUGACAUCUAUCCAGUUGGCUGGUGUGAGUUAACUGGAUACCAGCUUCAGCCACCUGUAGCAGAAGAACAACCAGAGGAGAUACGAAAACCUAAAGAAAUCAAGAAAAAAAAGAAAGUAUUUGGAAAGAGACGGAAAAAAAGAGCUUUUAAGAAAAUGGGACCCAUGAACAACGUAGAGAUGUCUCUUUCUCAUCUUUCUCCUUUGGAAACUACAAUAACUUCUGUACAAGAAAAAGAGGAACCGGAACCAAUUGACCCAUUUGUAUAUGAAGAUACAAGCUGCAAACGUGGAGAUCAAGGAGUGGAAAAAUAACAGCUAUGGUUUUGUCCAAUUAAAGCUUACAUUUUACUCCAUUUAUAAUUAUGCUGACAUAUUUGCAAUAAGAUUUAUUUUUGCCAUUUAAUAAAUUAGCAAAUUCCUUCUCUUUCCUAAGCUUCAGCAAUGCAGAUGCCCAUGCUGCACACUUCUAAAAUGACUGAGAAAAUACUACAACAGAACCCUGUGCUCUGCCUCCUGUGCAUUCGUAGCCAGCAGGAAGUCUCUGCUACAAAUCUUCUAUUGCAGGAGUGUACAGCCUUUUCUGGCUUGAGGACCACAUAUUGAACCAAUCCC